UGCUCUGCGCCGAGACUCUGCUUACUUGCUCUCCCGCCUAUUUGGAGAUUUGACUCUGAGAUUUUUACUACCCGUGGAUAUUACUCCUGAUAUGGAGAAGAUUGAGGAACAAUUUGCUAAUCUGAACAUUGUUAAGCGUUCCACAGAAACUAAAGACCCCACUUACCUGCUUGGCAUAGACACAUCAAAGACUGUAAAAGCAGAAAAGGGAAUAUUGGUUGCUGUUUUAUGUUCUAAUGGAUCAAUCCGAUUAUAUGACAAAGAAAGGUUAAAUGUACUACGAGAAUUUAGUGGCCGUCCUGGACUUCUUAAUGGGGUCAAAUUUGCAAAUUCUUGUGACAAAGUAUAUUCAUCCUGUACCGAUGGCACUGUAAAAUGUUGGGAUGCUCGAUUAGCCAAUGAAAAACCUGUCCAGCUGUUCAAGGGCUACCCUUCCAAUAUUUUUAUCAGUUUUGAUAUCAACUGUAAUGAUCAUGUCAUUUGUGCUGGUACAGAAAAAGUUGAUGAUGAUGCAUUGUUGGUAUUUUGGGAUGCAAGAAUUAAUUCUCAGAAUUUGUCUACUACUAGAGACCCACUUGGUGCAUAUUCAGAGACACAUAGUGAUGAUAUCACGCAAGUGUGCUUCCAUCCCAACAACCCUAAUAUGGUAGUCUCAGGUUCCACUGAUGGCCUGGUAAAUGUAUUUGAUAUUAGUGCUGACAGUGAAGAAGAUGCGCUAAUUACAACCUGUAACUCUGUUUCAUCAGUAAGCUAUAUUGGUUGGUCUGGGAAAGAUUAUAAACAGAUUUACUGCAUGACACAUGAUGAAGGAUUUUGUUGGUGGGAUCUUAAUCAUCUGGAUAAUGAUGAACCUGUUACAUGUUUGAACAUCCACAAUGUUCGAGAAGUAAUUGAUAUGAAAGAAGAUACUUUGGAUUAUUUGAUUGGUGGCUUAUUUCAUGAAAAGAUGAACCAACUGUUUGUUGUUGGAGGGACAAACACAGGAAGGAUUCACUUACUGAGCUGUUCUCCAUCAGGAUUGAACCAUGUCACCUGCCUUCAGCGUGGCCAUGCUGCUACAGUCCGUUCUUUCUGUUGGAAUAUGCAGGAUGAUUCUUUGCUAACCGGAGGGGAAGAUGCCCAGUUGUUACUUUGGAAACCUGAAGCAAAAGAGAAGACAUCUACAAAGAAAGACAGCAUGAAAAUAGCAUCGUCUGUGUACCACCGAGUUCGAGUUCACAGUAAUGAUUCUUAUAAGAGGAAAAAAAAACAGUAAUGUUACAAUUGGAGUUUAGUUGGUAGGUUUUAUAGUUGUAGGUAAUUACUUUUGUACCCUUCCUGUGGUAGACAUCUUUAAAGCUCAUGUAGAAAAAGUAAGUCAAUUAGAAAAUAGUCUCAGAAAAAUGUUGAGAAUGGUUUAAUUCAGGUCUUUGUAUAUUCUAAAAUUAUUUUUUUUAAGCUCUAGUUGAAUAUAUCAGCAGUAAGUUGAAAGUAAAAUUACAUUCCUCAUUUUAAAAAACCCAUCUGUUCAGUUAGUAAAUGUUGAAUUUAAAGAAAUUAGCUUUGAUAAGAAUUUAGAAGUAGAUGGUUGGUAUGACUUUAAAAAACAGGUGAUUUGGGCUUUUUUAAGUUCAAUUUUUAUAUUUUAAAUCAUCUUUAUUUACAGAACCAAAUCAGACUUUUCCUCAUUUGAGGAGCUCUUACUUUACUUAAUACACAUAGAUUGUGUUGAAGUACUUAAAUGUAAAUAUUCUAAUGGGUUUAAGUAGAAUUAUAUUUUUUAAAGAAAUAG